AAAAAGAAUAGCAACAAGAACAACAGAACACACGGUAGAAAUCUCCUCGCAAUAGUUUUCCCCUCCUGAACACCGGGUUUUGCAGCAGGUUGAACUAGUGAACAUUAAAAUAAAUUUGUUUCGCCAUGAGUGCAAAAGUAGAAACAAAGUCGAAAGGCACCUUUCAACCGGACUCAGAUGUUCACAUCACCUACGAAGACCAGAUGAAGAUAAAUAAGUUCGCCAACUACAACGCGAAGGUGGAGGAUCUGAAGGAGGAGCUGCGCAUCAAACAGAACGAGCUGAAAAAUCUCGAAGAAGCGGGCGACGAAAUAGAGCUGCUGGACGACGACGUACAGAUCCCGUUCCUGAUGGGGGACGUGUUUCUCUCGCACGAUCAGGCCAAAACGCUCGAGCUGCUGGCGGAAGCGAAGGAGCGCAAAAAGAAGGAAAUCAACGGCAUCCAGCAGACCAGCCGCGAUCUGCAGCAGAAGAUGAGCGACCUGAAGGGUUACCUGUACGGUCGGUUCGGCAGCAAUAUUCAUUUGGAAAAUGAUGAAUAAACAACAGGCACGGGGGGAUGCGGUAUGGUAAAAUUGUA